UAGUAGCACUGGCUAUUUGGGGGUAUUUUGGAAGCUCAAAACUUCCCAACGUUCAACAUUAAAAUAUCCAUAUUUCUACACAUUAUAAAAGAGUUAUAAUACAAUGGAUUCAUGAUAUUUUUGUAAUGUGAUACCCUCUCCUAAUUGGAUUAGCGCUAUCCCCCCCCGUGUCAUAAAAAUCACUCGUUCACCUUUUUCUCUUUAACCGCGUGUGCUAUGGAUAUAAUUAUUUCGGUAUUCUAAAGUAACUAGUUGCAUUGACAAUUUGUAGCUUGCAAACUGUUUUACCCCUUUUAAAAGUGGCAAAAAAAAUCACUUCAAAAAUGAAGGGGGAGGGUUCAUCACAAUUUACCCCCCUUUCUUCGGAAUGGAGUUCGCAAGCUACAGAUUGUUUAGCUCAAAAUGGUUAAGCAACAUGGCAAAUUGCAGCUAGAAUGCCAUUAUUGUCGACUUAAAAAAUGAAAAAGAAACUCCCAUGAGUCCUAUUAGGCAGGUAUUUGGUCAAAAUAAUUCGUUAAAACUCGCAGAAACUGAAUCGAAGCUCUCAAAACCCACUUACACAUUUCCUAGCUGCCAUGAUGGACAACAUUUCCCGUCCCCUCCAUACAAAGGAACACAAAAAUACGAUAUGUUAUGGCUGGUUGCUAGGAUCUAGCCUAUCAGGAGGCGUGACAUGCACAAUUUACUUCCGGUGCGUCGAAGCGUGAUCUCACAUUACAACCAUCAUCGAACGAGAAACAAACAAUAUUUCAACAUCACUAAACCUUAGCUUUUUUCUGCCUUUUAUGGCUCCGAAAAAGAAGAAACAAACAAAGUCUCAGAGAAGGAAGUCUCUUCAGCAAAGAGGAAAACUCGGAGCUGAAGCAAGAGGGACCGGCGUGUCUUCGAGGCAAGAUGUAGUUCUGCCUUCGCUUUGGAGGACCGAGACAAAAAGCUAUUCCACUGGAGAUGCUGUGAAAGUCAUUUCUCCGAAUAAAACCGUCUACCAUGGCAUGGCACGAGCUAAAAAAAGAAUGGAGGAACGUGGCAUUAAUUUACACGAUGAAAGCUCCGAGUAUGAGGAUUCUUCCCAGGAGGAGUUUUUGCCAAGCCCGAGUAAAGUCCAAAAAGUAAACGCUGCGCUUCAAGAGAAAGGCGAACAGGACAAGCCAACUCUCGAACGACAGCUAUUUGUCGCUGAAUCAACGCAGCUAACAAAUCUUGUCGAUCAGGUCAACCGUAAUUCUCGAUGUGCUACACCAGGUUGCCAAGGCAUAUUGAUUCCAGCAAAGAUAGAUACUGUUGGCCUUGGUGGAACUAUAAAUGUUCUUUAUGUUUGUAAUGGCUGCACCAACAGACGCUUGAGUUUUGAAGGAUCAUUAGCUGUUGAAGGUUCUCGUCGCACUGUGGUUGGUCUGGCCCUUGCAGUGGCGUUUAUUCUUACUGGACAUGGAUUUUCUAAAUUCCAGAAAACACUGAACAAUUGCCUUGGGAUACCCGCAAUUUCCAAGAACAGAUUUUACGAGGUGAUUAAACUGAUAUAUCCCCACAUUGAAGAAAUCGUAAACGAGAUGUGCGAAGAUGAAAAAGAAAAAAUGAAAAAGAUGAACAGUGUAGAUCUUGGGAGCUGGGACCGUGCUGUCGUUACGUCAGACGGGGUUUGGCACACCCGUGGACACUUCAGUAAAAAUGGGUCAUUCAUUGUAAAGAAUUAUAUGACCCAAGGGCUUCUGUGGUAUGGGCACAAAUCAAUGAGGGGAGAAAUAACUGAGGAGGAAGAGGGUGAGGAAUUGUACCACGGCACGGCCAAGUCUAUGGAAGGAGUUCUUGCUGAGGAAUGCUAUGGACAGGCAGAAGAAGAAGGGUGUGAUAUUAUUUGUGUUUGGCAGGAUGGGGACUCUUCUUCAAAGAAGUCAGUUCACAAUGUCUAUGGGGAGGAACCCCCUCAAAGAGUAUACAAGUGUGGUGGGCAUGUGGGUAGAUCCCACGGGAAUAAUCUGAAGGACUUUGCCAAGCAGAAGGCAUUCACCAGUGGCCAUAUUUCUAAAUGGAAAGAACUGUUUCCAGAAAUGGAGAACUUGAAGUGCCAUUGCACACGCCAUUCAAAGAACUGUGGUUGCUUUUCAGAGCAGUUUCUGAAAAAUGCUAGAGUUAACCAUUUUUGCUGUUUGCAGCAGUGUGACUCUCCCGAAGAAUAUGCUAGACGCAUGAGAGCAUUGAGCCAGCACCAUAUUGUUGAUAAACACUCUUGGGAGGGAGGGAACUGUGGUUUCCAUACAGAAACAGUUUGUUCAUGUGGAGAAUGCAAAGACGAAUUUGAGUUGAAAUGUGAGGGAAUACCAUAUUCGACAAAAAACAAGUUGUCGUGUCCAUUUCAUCACAUGGCCUACCAACUGGAGUGCGAGCUACGAGCUGCUGACGCGAAAUCAGUAAUACAUCCUGAGAUGGGCCGUGGCCAUUCCAAUCAGUGUGAGGCUCAUUUCAACGUGCUUCCCCAUUUUCGUGCUAAAGACCAAAGUCUCAAUAGGUUGCACUAUAUUACAUCAACAAACUGUGGGUUGGCCCAGGGGAAUAUGACAUGGUGCUGGGAAAAUCGUGGAAAGGAAUACCACUGGAUAAAGGACCUUUACACUCGACUCCAUCUGCCUGUGCUUCCUUCCAUUGAAAAGGCGCUUGAUAAAGCAACUGAGGACAGGAUGAACCACCUCAUGAAACAAAAGACAGAGGCAGCCAAGAAGCAGCGAAUAUCCAAUAAGCAAGCUAGACAGGAAGACCAGGAAGAGAGAAAGAAGUGGAACAAAAGGCAGGCAGUGCUGCAUACAUAUGGCACUGAAGAUGAUGACGAGUUAGAUGAUGAUGAUGAUGAUCCAGCACUGAUAAGAGAGGCAGAGAGCAUGCUAAGACAAAGGACUGUAAUAAGUGGAAAGCGGCCAUGUAAGUGUGGAUCAACCACCCACCAGCUCACUUCUCACAAGGACUGUAGUGAGAAUCCCAAAAACAAAGAGUAG